AUGGGUACCUCGGAUUUAAAUUUUUACAUUAACAAGCAUCGGAAGGCAUAUGAGGAGCGGCUGAAGAGGGAGCAGCAGAAUCAACAGGGGAAGCCCUCCGAGGGGGAGCCAGGAAGGGAAGUGGAGAAGGCCCCCCCUAGCGAAGUGACCAAUGGAGGCGCUAAUGAACAGCCCAUCGAAACCGACAGCCGGAGCAAAAACCCAAAUGAGGAAUUCAGUCAGCAUGCUAGUCAGAGCGACGCUACGAGGAACUCCACGAGGGAGGAGCAUAUGAAUCAAGGUGAGCUCCUUUGGGAAGAGACCAACGAGGUUGACGCGGACUACCUGCUGGCCCUGAAGCUGAAUGAGGCCCUGAAUGGGCACGUGGAGCCCCCCAGCGUGGUGAACGAAAACCAGUGGAGCAGUGGGAGCCACGCGAGGAGUGCAGAAAAGAACGAAGACGCAGAGGAUGAUGUUAGGAAGCCGGACAAUUCCUAUGUUGAGUGCCUCCUGGGGGAUAAUAACUACAUGCCUUUUUGCGUAAAUUACAACGUGGGAAGUGCCCAUAUGAAUCAGAACCCGCUGCCCCCCGGUGGGAGGAAUAGGAGGGGUGGCCACUACGUGGACCAUGACGAAGGAGGGCAGAUGUACGGGCCCUACAACCUUCGUAGCAGGAGCAACCGAGUGAAUGGCUUGCAGAGUAGCAACCAGAGCGGCGGCAAUGGUGACGAUCGCUAUGCACCCCAAUUGAGCGGCGGCAAUGAUGACAGGCGCUAUUCACCCCAUUUUAGCAGCGCCCACGAACCGCUUAACAUUUCCAUAAGCUCAGAUGACGAGGAAGGGGAAGUCCAAGUGAAGAACGUAGCGGCGAAAAGUUACCUGUCGCAGGACGAUGGGGUGAGAAGCGGCAGCGACGUUUUCUACGUUCAUGACGAAAAUUUGUCCCUGACGCCAAGGCAGGGUAAGCCAAGUGGGCAAGGCAAUCUGGGAAGGCCAGUUUCCACCCGAGGGGAAGACUCAAAGGGGGAAGUAACCAUCGUUGAGGGAACCACCGUUGGGCGAACCACCGUUGAGCGAACCAUCGGUGAGGGGCCGAGAGAGGGACGCUUUUCCAACAAGGGGGCCCACCAUCACGAGCAAGGGGACCCCGAUGUGUAUAUUCAGACGCUUAGAGAAAACGGAGGAGAGAUGAUCCCCAGGGUGAUGGGAAAUGCAAAUAAUUUUUCCUUCCAAUCGGUAGGGGCUCAAAGUGGUGGAGGAGGAGACCCACUCCCCGGACAGUAUAACAAUUGUGGGGGGGGUCUUCAAGUACCCAAGUGCACGGUGGAGAAGGCUGCCUAUAACCUGGGCGAUGUCUAUAACGACCACUUUGGUUUCUCCAAUGGUGGGCCAUUUCAGCCUCUCCAAAGUGCAGCCACAGAGGUGGGACACCCCAGCGGGAGUAGCCAACUUAGGGGAAACUACGUGGAUGCCUCCCCUAAUGAUGAGUACACAGAUGAGGGAAGAUACUACGCGCACUACGAACGGAUGAACCUACAUGGAAAGGAAAAGGAGAAAAAUAAAUUGACGAUUGAAGGUGUAUACGAUGUGGAUGCAUACGGGGAGGGGGUGCACAACGGGUCGUUGUUCCCCUCCAGGGGGAGGAACCGCAACGGAGGAAAAGGAGCAGAAAGGGCAAAAAAUGGGGAAGGGGAAUACUACAUGGCACAAGUGCAUGGCGGUAAUGAUGUGAUCCCCUUGGAAGGAGAGGACCUCUCUGGUGGAGCCCCUUCGCCGUAUAAGGCGAGGGCGAAGAAGAGCAGGAGGGGAGAGAGGGACACCGCCCAGGUGGAGAGCAUCCACAGCGAUGAAGGGCUGUCUCAUGGGAUGGUCCAACCUGAUGGCGCACCGCAGAUGGGAUACACUAUGAAGUCGUCCGGAAAACCCCCCACGAAUGAAAAAAUUGAAGACCCAUACUGCUGCAAAGGUGAGAGUUACGAGGCACCGACGGGGCGUGGUUUGGAGGUCACCCAUGAUGAUGGACUUGUUCUCUUCAAGACAGGUUUGGGAAGGAGGGGCGAGCCACAGGAGGGGACAAACAGCCCCACCAUGGGGGGAUGCAACAGGGGAGGACGGUACCCAAAGAGUGGCUUACCCUAUGCUGACGUGGGUGGGGCCAUCACGCAAGGGGAGCCUUCCCCGUUUGGUAUGCUCCCCUUCGAGAAGGGCAACCCUGUGGAGCGAAGUGCAAACGGUUACCUUCUAAACAACGCUAUGAUGCACAUGGAUGACAGCGCAAAGGUGUUUGCAGAAAUGGCUAGCAUGUGUGCCCCUGCCCAGAAGAGUAGUCGUGGUCUCCCCUUUGAGUCGUUGCACCCUGGGGGGGGGGCCUCAGCUGGGCCAAUAACAUCGGAGGGGGGUCUUCACUCCAGAACGAAUGAACAGACGGAGCUGUUUAGCGGCAGCCACGUUAAGUCAAGCGGGAGGGCUUUCACACUUAACCAAGUGGAAGAUAACAAAAAUGUAAUUUUGUUCCACUGUAAAGAUGGAGGGUUGAGUGAAGGGGCUCCUCACGCGUUGCCCAAUUAUGUAGAAGGGGGGAAGAGCUGGUCUGGUGCCCCCCGAGGUAUGUCAAAUGGGCAGAGUGGCGUCUAUUUCCACGGGGAAGUGUCAUCAUCGUCAUCCCGCUGCAUGGUGGAACCUCCCCCCCCACGUAGUGAAUUCCUCCAAAGGGUGGAAAUAAACAGGGGAGCCGAUUACCAAGGAAAAGCGGAAGAGAAGAACAAAGGUGAGGGUCCCUACGGACAUGUGGUGAACGGCAUGACGCCAAACCGAUUCAGUGGGAGCGGCCACAAUAAAUAUUUUGCAAGUGGGAAGAGCCCCGUUGUUUACACUUUAGGAGAAGCCCAAGGAGGGGCAGCACCGGACGUGUACGUCAUUGACGAGGGCACAACAUCUGGUGAGCCACAUUUUACGCAUGGACGAAGCGUUUACUAUAAUCCCAUGGGGGGCUAUCGCCAGGGGAUGAUCCCCAAUGAGGAUGCACAUCCUGUUGGUGAUGUGCAGGGGGAAAGCGCAGGUUCGGUUAAAGUGGAAGAAGCGGAGAUGGAGCAGGUGCAACGUGGGGGGGACGCGAAUGACAACACGACGUCUGCGAUCGACCAGUGUGAUGAGGAGAGCGCCAACGACGAGGACCUCAGUGUGCAGCAGGCCAUCAUCAACAGCUUAAUUGAUUUGUAG